ACCUACCAUGACUUUCUCAUUGAUAAAAACGUUACGUGGUUGUUCUCAACUGCGAUUACCGGUGGCUAUUAAAGCCUCAUCAGCAGUGAUCAGCAACUGUCGUGUAUUACACAAGUCAUAUUCCGUAACUCAAAUAGAAUUACCUAAGAAAAUGGCAACGUCGAAAGCAUUGCCUUUACCGCAGAUAUUUAAGUAUGUGGAUCAGAAUGCAGCAACUUACAAACAGUUGUUGAAGGAGGCGGUGGCUAUUCCAUCGGUAUCCUGUGAUGUGAAGUAUAGGAAUGACUGUGUACGGAUGGUACACUGGAUGCAGGAAAAGCUGAGAGAAGUAGGCGCUAGUAGCGAACUAAGAGAUGUUGGCUGCCAGACUAUCGACGGCCAAGAAGUUAAAUUGCCGCCUGUACUGGUCGGCACACUGGGAAAUGAUUCAGCCAAAAAUACCAUCUGCAUUUAUGGUCACUUAGAUGUACAACCUGCUUUAAAGUCUGAUGGAUGGGAUUCCGAUCCAUUUGAAUUAGUGGAGAAGAAUGGAAAGCUGUAUGGCCGUGGCUCCACCGAUGACAAAGGCCCAGUCCUGGGCUGGCUACAUGCCAUCAAUGCUUACAAGGGAAUUGGUGAAGAGUUGCCUGUGAACUUGAAGUUUGUAUUUGAAUGCAUGGAGGAAUCUGGCUCAGAAGGAUUGGAUGCCCUUCUGAUAGAGAAGCUGAAGCCAGAAGGGUUCUUCAAUGAUGUGGACUAUGUGUGUAUAUCGGACAACUACUGGCUGGGAACAACCAAGCCCUGCAUUACAUACGGGCUUCGUGGCAUCAGUUACUAUUUCCUCGAGGUUGAAUGUGCCCAGAUGGAUCUCCACAGCGGUGUUUACGGAGGAACUGUGCAUGAGGCAAUGUCCGAUCUGAUUUACUUAAUGGAUCAGCUAGUCGACAAAGAUGGCAAGAUUCUGAUAACUGACAUUUACAAAUCUGUGGCGCCACUGACCGAAAAUGAGAAGAAACUGUACACGACUAUUGAUUUUGAUACUGAAGGAUACAGGCAACAAAUCGGGGCCCACAAGCUGGCCCACAAUGGAAAUAAGGAGCAAAUUCUGAUGCAUCGCUGGAGAUACCCCAGCCUGUCUCUGCACGGCAUUGAAGGCGCCGCUUUCCAGCCGGGAGCUAAGACUGUGAUCCCCGGCAAAGUGAUCGGCAAAUUCUCCAUCCGCAUCGUGCCCGACCAACAGCCUGAGGAAGUUGAGAAGCUGGUCUUUGACUAUGUUCACAAGAAGUGGGCGGAGCGGGGCUCGCCGAACAAAAUGCGUAUCACUGCGCAGAGCGGUCGUGCGUGGACUGAGAACCCUGAUCACCCUCACUACCAGGCCGCAGCACGCGCUACUAAACUCAUCUAUCAGACGGACCCGGACAUGUCUCGCGAGGGCGGGUCGAUCCCGGUGACGAUCACGCUGCAGGAGGCGAGCGGGCGUAACGUGCUGCUGCUGCCCAUGGGCGCCGGCGACGACAUGGCGCACUCGCAGAACGAGAAGAUCAACGUGCGCAACUACAUCGAAGGCAUCAAACUGUUUGCAGCUUACAUGUUCGAAGUUGGAAAACUGCCUAAGUAGACACAUGAGACUGGUAGAAUAUUAUUACUAUUAUUUUUCAGGUAACACAUACAUUAUACGGGGUAUUAUGUAGGUAUAACAUAUUACGCGCAACAAUAUAUUUUAGUUACUAUCGUAAUCUGUAACAUUCCUACUAAGUACAACGACAAGUGCAUUAUACGCAGCAUAAUAAAUACUUACAGUAAAUAUUUUUGAAUCACUGUGCCUUAGACAUAAUAAUUAAAUAGGUACAUAAUAAUUUGUAUCAUAAUAAAACCAGUAUGGUUUGAAGUAUAAUAAUCUUUUAAUGAAUUUAAUGUUCGUUUUGAAUUUACUUUUGUAACAUUUUCUAUUUGCAUAAUAAAUAUGUUAAAAUUA